AUACCAAGGUUUCUGAUCCAUAUUCUGAUGCAUCCAAUAAUAAAUCAAAAGGUGGGACACUAUGUAAAAUACAAGGAAAAACUGCUGGACAUUGACACGGUGAAUUUCCCACCUGUGGUGUAGAAAGACGCGAGACAUGGCGCGGGUGCGGUCGCGACGCGUCCUUCUCAUAAUCACCAUCCUCAUCGCCGUCACGUUUCUCACUCUCCCCUGGCUCACAACCUCCGAGGACAAAGUCGAGGAAAAGAACGACACCACAAACGAUACAGACGAACCUUAUCCGCAUCCUAAGAACAUCUUAAAGGUACCGAAAGAUGCUGGGAGGGCAAACGACACCACCACGAAGGAGGAAGAAACUGAAGAAAAGACAACAGAAGAGCCAGAAGAGAUGUGUCCACCUAACGUUGGAGACAAAUACAUUACUUGGGAGGAUGACAUCAUCAAGGUUAACAUGGCCAGGCUACAGGCAGAUGGGUGGGAGAAGCUGGAUUGCCGGUACCAGCCGUUCUUGCGCAAAAUGGACCACGACGUCGCUUUUAACCCGAAAGAUGUGAUGCAGGACCUCGGCCAACGUGGCGAGAUCUCGUUCCCGAUGAAGCACGAGUUCGUCAAGGUGGAAUGUCGUCUGCUGUCGGCCAACAAGACCAGACAGACCAUCUACCGACUGUUUUCACAGGUGAUGAAGAAUGACAAACUGGUGAAGCGGGAUGUGCAGGGCAAGGGAAAGCCGCUAGGGGUGAACGUGCUUCUCCUGUGCGUGGGCUCCAUGUCCCAGGACAGGCUCAGAAGGAACCUGCCGUUGACCUACCGUUUCCUGACGCGAGGUCUGAAGGCUCGGGAGUUCCCCAAAUAUCACAUGGUGGGGAAGACUUCAGCUGCCCUGACGGCCGCCAUGACAGGACAAGUCCAAAGUGAACUGGACGCUGACAUCGAGCAGCAGCACUUCGGCUGGUACAAAGAUAACUACCCGUGGCUGUGGGGAGAGUACAAGAAGGCCGGUUACGUCACGCUGCUAGCGGAGGAGAUGCCGAGCGUCUGGGGGUACGACAAGGGCGCGUUCCGCAACCAGCCGACGGACCACUACCUCAGGACACUCCUCGUGCAGGCCAAGAAAACAUUCGGAACCGAGGAGUGCGUUGGUUCCACCCCUGCCCACCAGGCGACGCUAGACUACACCCGGGACUUCACCCAGAAAUACUCCGAGGGUCUGAUGUUCGUUCUGACGUCCAUCCACGAGACGUCACGAACGCAGCGGAAGGCGUCCGACUUCGCCACGAUCGACGCCGACAUUUCCAACCUGCUCAAGUUCUGGAACGACCAACUGAUCCUGCAGAACUCCGUGGUGGUGGUGUUCUCUGACCUGGUGGACGUGGCGACCGAGGGCGGGACGGAGGACGACAGGGACUUACCCUUCAUGUGCAUCGUGCUGCCGCCUCACAUCGAGGAUCAGUACCCCAGAAUCGUGGCCAGCCUCAAGGUCAACCAGAACAGGUCCACGUCGCCGUUUGACCUUCACAAGACGCUGCUGGAGGUUUUGGAUUACAGACCGAAGCAGAAGGGACAGUACUCUCGCGAGAGUAGCCUCUUCCACGAGAUUCCCGCCGACCGGAGCUGCCAGCAGGCGGGGAUUCCCAAGGAACACUGCACGGGCAAGUACACCGUGCACCCGGAAAUAUAGCCUCUCAAACAGUAGAGCGACAGCUAGUAGCCUCCUUUGCAGGCGUUCCUGGAUCGGUCGUGUUUUAUUUUGCUUAUUUCGUGAUCGAAGCAAUAGAAGCUACGUCCUAUAACCCUUCUAUGGAUAUCUAUAAGGAUAGCAUACUACGGUUGGCGACCGGAGCUUCUAAUGAGUGCGAUCUACGUUUGAUGCGAAAAUAAGCGCCAC